AUGGAGUGGUCUGAGGCGGAGGCGUACGCUCAGGCAGCGCUGCUGUCGCGCCAGCAGCCCCAGCUGGGGGGCGGGCUGCCGCUGACCGCCGACCUGGGCGCGCUGCUGGGCCAGGCCCAGCUCGGCGCCCAGCAGCAGCAGCAGCAGCGCCAGCACCAGAACCUUCGCCCGCAGCAGGCGCAGCAGGCGCACAUGGGGGGCCAGCGCGGGCCCGGUCCCCGGCAGGGCAGCCAGGGCACGCACCGCGGCCGCAGCAGGAACGGCGGGCAGGCCAAUUCUCAAGGCUACCGCCGCAUGUGGCAGCAGCUGGCACGGUCGGAGUCUGGGAGCGGGCACGGCGCGCGCGGACCCGCGCACCAAGCUUCCGGCCCCAACGGCUUCUCCGAGCUGACGGUGGAGGGCAUGGUGCUGGCCGUCCGCCGCCUGCCCCCCGGCUCCCCCGUGCUGGACGCGGUGCAGCGGGGCCUGUACGCGCUGGACGCCGGCGCUUUGGCAGCCUUACUGAAGGAGCUGCACAAGGGCGGGCAGACGCAGCGCGCGGCUGAGAUCUUCGACUGGCUGCGCGGGCUGGAGCCGGGGCACCCCCUGGCGGGGCUGUGCAACACGAUGACCUACACGACCAUGAUCAGCCAGCGCGGCGCGGCGCAGCACAUCCGGCGGGCGCUGGAGCUGGUGUCGGAGAUGAAGACGCGGCGCGUGCCCGCCAACGUGCACACCUACUCCGCGCUGAUGAACGUGUGCAUCAAGGGCGGGGAGCUGGAGCUGGCGCUGGACGUGUACUGCCAGAUGCUGGCAGAGGGGUGCCGGCCCAACCUGGUGACCUACAACACGCUGAUCGACGUGUACGGGAAGACGGGGGCGUGGGAGGACGCGGUGCGCGUGCUGGACCUGCUGGCGCGGCAGGGCAUCGAGCCGGAGGUGCGGACCUACAACACCGUCAUCAUCGCCUGCAACAUGAGCGGGCAGGCGGGGGAGGCGCUGCGCGUGUACGACCGCAUGCUGGCGGCGGGGGGUCGGCCCACGGCCACCACCUUCACCGCGCUCAUCUCCGCGCACGGCAAGCGCGGGCAGCUGGACCGCGCGCUGGCGGUGUUCGACGAGAUGGUGGCCGCGGGGUGCGAGCGCAACGUCAUCACCUACUCCUCCCUCAUCUCCGCCUGCGAGAAGGCGGGGCGCUGGGAGCUGGCCCUGGACCUGUUUGCGCAGAUGCACGUGGAGGGCUGCGCGCCCAACGUGGUCACCUACAACUCCCUCAUCGCCGCCUGCUGCCAGGGCGCGCAGUGGCAGAAGGCGGAGGAGCUGUUUGAGCAGAUGCAGGCGCGCGGGUGCCCCCCGGACACCGUCACCUACGGCGGCCUCAUGGCCUGCCACGAGCGCGGCGGGCAGUGGCGCCGCGUGGUCACCACCUACGAGCAGAUGCGGGGCGGGGGCGGGCGCCCGGACUCCGUCGUCUACAACGUCGUGGUCGGCGCGCUGUGGAGCACCGGCGCGGUCUGGGCACAGGCCCGCGCCGCCGCCAUCUUCCGGCAGGCCUGCCGGUCAGGACACUUCCGCCUCACCUCGCCCCUGCUUGUCGUAGAGGAGGGGGAUGGAGUGAACGCCGGCUCGCCAGGCCCCGCCGGCGUGCUCAUCGAGUUCAGCGUGCACGCAUUCAGCCUGGGCUCGGCCGUGCUGUGCCUGCUGCGCUGGGUGGGCGAGCUGCGGGAGCGCCUGCCCCGCGACAGGGGCCAAGCCUGUGGGGCGGGGACGCACGUGGCCCUGGUCAUCAACAAGGGCAAGCCCUGCAGGGAGCAUGCCUACCCGGGAAUGCGCAGCGCCCUGCACCAGUGUGUCGCCGCCUGGAAGGCCCCGUUUACGCUGAGGGACGUGACGCAGGGGUGCCGCCUGGAGGCCCCCGCCGAGGCCAUCUCUGCCUGGCUGGGCUCAGAGACUGCCCAAUCGGUGCUGGCUGCGGCCGCCGACCUCUCCAGCUCCCCGCCCGAGGGCAAGGCGGUGUGGACCGCCGCCCUGAUCGAGGACCUGGCGGUGGAGGACGUGCUGCACGAUGGCGUCCUGCUGCUGGACCGCGUGCUUUCCUCCCGCGACGCGCGUGCGCGUACGCUGCGACCCGAUGCGCUGGCGGCCGCUUGCCUCGCCGUCGCGGCGGCCAACGCAGGCGCGCCGCUGCCGGGCGCCGCGACCCUCGACCCCGGCCUGGGCCUGACCCAGGAGGCGCUGGACGCGGCGGUGGCCGCUGUCGGCGCCGCGCUGGGCGCGGGGACCAACGCCAUCUCCGCCCUGCGCAUCCUCAAGCUGUACAUGGAGCGCCUGGGCGUGGACCUGGGCGCAGGCGGCGAGGACGCGGCCGCCGCCGUCGGCGGCCGCGCGCUGGCCGAUGCGCACGCUGCGCUAGAGAGCGGGCAUCUGCUGGAGGUCACGCCCUCCCUGGGCGCCGCCGCGCUGCUCAUCCACGCGCGUCGUGAGGCCGGCUUGACCCCCGACUGGCCCCAGAUCCUGGUGGGCCUGACGGAGCUCACGCUGGAGGAUCCCGGGCUGCAGAACGCGCUGGGCGCGCUGCAUGGGCCCCGCUGA